CGUUAACCGUUUAGAAUGGACUUCCGAGGCGGUUUUAGACUUUUCCCUACUCAAAUUUCCUCCCUACCCGCCAAUUUCAUUCUCUUUUGAUCUCUCCAUCGCUCGCUGCGAAGCAAGGAGCAAAGCAAUGUCUACAAGUUUAGUUCUUCUCUUUUUCUGUAUUAUCAUCUCCACAGUCAUUACGCAACCGAAAAGUCUGGCAGUCCCUCGAGAACUCCGUAAUUUCUCUAACAGUUUAAUCCAUUUUCACACCCCAUCUCAAACACCUUCUUAUUCUUCCCAAAUUUCUCCAUCGCCACCACCAAAACCGCCAUUGGUUGGUCGCUUAGUGCCCGCUCUCUUUGUGAUUGGCGAUUCCUCUGUUGACUGCGGCACUAAUAAUUACCUUGGCACAUUUGCUCGUGCUGAUCGCCCUCCUUAUGGUAGAGAUUUCGACACUCACAAGCCAACUGGAAGGUUCUCCAAUGGCAGAAUCCCGGUUGAUUAUCUGGCAUUGCGCCUUGGACUUCCCUUUAUACCAAGUUAUCUUGGGCAAAUGGGAACUGUGGAAGAUAUGAUUCAUGGAGUGAACUAUGCAUCUGCUGGUGCUGGAAUAAUUUUCGCAAGUGGAUCAGAAUUGGGUCAAAGAAUCUCCCUCAUCCAACAAAUUCAGCAGUUUUCAGAUACUUCACAGUCAUUUAUCUUAGCUUUGGGGGAGGAUACUGCAAAUGACCUCAUCUCCAACUCCGUCUUCUAUAUCUCCAUAGGAAUCAAUGAUUACAUACAUUACUAUCUUCGCAAUGUAUCCAAUGUACAAAAUUUGUACCUCCCAUGGAGUUUCAGCCAGUUCUUAGCAUCUAUAGUACGGCAGGAAAUUAAGAAUCUGUACAAUAUGAGUGUGAGGAAAGUAGUGGUCAUGGGACUAGCGCCGAUUGGUUGUGCUCCUCACUACUUGUGGAGGCACAACAGCAAGAAUGGAGAAUGUAUCACAGAGAUAAAUGACAUGAUUAUGGAAUACAACUUUUUCAUGAGAUACAUGAUUGAGGAGCUUGGUCAGGAGCUUCCUGAUGCAAAGCUCACUUUCUGUGACCUGUAUGAAGGUGCCAUGAAUAUAAUUAAGAAUCACGAUCGUUAUGGUUUUAACGUCACUACUAAUGCUUGCUGUGGGUUAGGCAAGUACAAGGGUUGGAUCAUGUGCAUUGCACCAGAAAUGGCUUGCAGCAAUGCUUCAAAUCAUAUCUGGUGGGACCAGUACCAUCCAACUGAUGCGGUGAACGCCAUUUUGGCAGACAACGUGUGGAACGGCUUGCACACAAAAAUGUGCUAUCCCAUGAACCUGCAGGACAUGGUCCAGACUUGAAAAGAUUUGAUGCAGAAGCUUUAAAGAUGCUGAAUUCUUCAUUUGUUUGCUUAACCCUGGAAUUUUCUGUUCGCAUAUUCUUUGUGUGUAACAUUCAUGUAAUUUUCAAUACUGAGAUUGUGCAAUUUGGAGAUCUAGAUUUGCUUGAGC